AAAAAAAUAAUAAUAAUGCACGUACAGAUGUACAUGUAUAUGUGUAAUAAUAUCGCCUUUUUUCAAAUUAAGAGAGAUCCUGAACUAUUGGAGCUGCUGAGUUUGGUCUCCUUGUCUGAACUGGGAACACAUGGAGUUUCUGAUGUUGCUUCUCUGCAGUUUUCUCCCGAUGAUCAAUCUUGUUCAUGCCCAAUCAGCUCAAGGAUUCGUGAGCUUGGCUUGUGGAAUGACACCAGAAGACUUCACCCUCCUGGAUAAACAAACACAAUUAACGUACACUUCAGAUGCUCGUUUCAUCAAUACCGGAGAAAGCGGUAGGAUUCGUAAAGAGUACGAGUCCUCGGUCGUAAGACAGGCAUGGUACGUGCGGAGUUUUCCCGUCGGGACACGAAACUGUUACAGCCUUAAUGCCACCGAAGGCUCGAAAUAUCUGGUAAGAGCUUACUUUGUCUACGGAAACUACGAUGGCAAAAACAUGAAUCCGAUAUUCGAUCUGUAUAUCGGACCGAACAAGGUUUUUACGGUCGGAGCACAAAGCGAUAGCAUAUCCUUAGAGUUCAUUCAUGUCCCGACAUCAAACAGUUUGCAAAUAUGCCUUGUAAGACUUGGAACUACGGUACCUUUCAUAUCGACAUUAGAACUACGUCCUGUCAACAACCAUAUGAUUUAUAAUGUCGAGAAUCGAAACGAGUCUCUCGUGUUGAGCUACCGAAGCUUUGUAGACAACGGAGUUACCGAGUACAUACGUUUCAGGUUCCCUGAUGAUAUUCACGAUCGUUUUUGGCGGCCGACCUUUACGUUUGACUGGAAUCAUUUGACCACUGCCCGUGAAGUUAACACUUCUAGCAUGUAUGAACCACCAAAACCCGCGAUGCAGAUGGCAGCCGUGCCCGAGAAUUCGACUUCUCCUUUCACUCUACAGGUUCCUUCUAACGGUUUGGCUUCCAGAUUGCGUUUCUACCUCCAUUUUGCUGAGAUCGAAGAGCUAAAACCCAACGAGACUCGUGAAUUUGAUAUAAUGUUGAAUGGAAUCCAUUAUUAUGGACCCGUUAGGCCGAAACCAUUUUACGCCGAAACUGUAGAGGUAAUGACUUCAACUGAAGGAUGCAAUCAAGGCUCUUGCUUGCUGCAACUCGUGAGGACAUCUGCCUCUACUCAUCCGCCCAUUCUCAACGCUAUCGAGCUCUACUUUGUUUUAAAGUUCCUACAACCGGAAACAGAUCGGACCGACGUUGAAACUAUGAUAAGAAUAAAGGAAGAAUAUGGAUUGAACAUAACAAGUUGGGAAGGAGAUCCAUGCUCACCAACUGAACUCACAUGGGACGGUCUGAAUUGCACUUCGGACGACCCUUUAUCCAUCUCUUCCUUGAACUUAUCUUCAUGUGGCCUUACGGGUAUUAUCUCGCCAUGGAUUCAGAAUCUUACCCACUUGAUAUCAUUGGACUUGUCAAACAACAAUCUGACAGGUCGAGUACCCGAGUUUCUAGCUACAAUGAGAUCAUUAUCGGUCAUAAACUUAAGGAACAACAUUCUUAAUGGUCCAGUUCCUGAUUCCCUCCUCAACAGGGCAAACAAUGGAUCAUUACAACUAUACCUCGAAGAGAACCCAAAUCUUCAUUGUCCCUCAGACGCUUGCAAGAACCAAGAUACUCAUCAGAAUAAGGCCAAGUCAAACCACGCAUUUGUUCUACCGACGAUAUUGGGAUCGAUUGCUUCCUUCUUUGCAAUCAUAUCCGCUUUCUCAGUAUUUCUCCUUCUCCGUGAGAGAUCGAGGAGAGGGAAAGUAGGAACAAACAAAAAUUCACCUGGGGUCGGACGGAGAUUCAGUUAUUCAGAUAUUAUAAGGAUGACAAACCAUUUUGACAAAGUGCUCGGCAGAGGAGGCUUCGGUAUCGUGUAUCAUGGUUACCUAAACGAACACGAGCAAGUUGCCGUGAAAAUUCUUUCUGAACCAUCGACUCGAGGUCUCAAGCAAUUCAGGGCAGAGGUCGAGCUUCUUCUAAGAGUUCACCACAAGAAUCUUGUACACUUGAUCGGAUAUUGCGACGAAAUGGAUAACUCCGCUCUCAUCUACGAGUACAUGUCCAGAGGAGAUUUGAAAAAUCAGUUGUCGGGAAACACAUGUUCAGAGUUAUUGAGCUUGAAAAAUAGAGUAAGAAUAGUGGCCGAAGCCGGGCAAGGUUUGGAGUAUUUGCACAAUGGAUGUAAACCACCGAUGGUUCACAGAGACAUAAAGACUUCGAACAUUCUCUUAGACGAAAACCUUUUGGCAAAAGUUGCUGAUUUCGGUCUCUCCAAAUCUUUUGACCAUGAAAGCAAUAGCCAUACCUCGACGGCUGUUGUCGGCACACAUGGAUACCUCGAUCCCGAGUAUCGUCAGACCGGUUGGUUAACAGAGAAGAGUGAUGUGUAUAGUUUCGGGGUUGUUGUUUUGGAGAUACUCACAAGCCAGCCUGUUAUUGAGGACACGAGGGAGGGUAACCAUAUCACGGAAUGGGUCCAGAACAUGCUCGUGAAAGGCGACGUUAGAGAAAUCGUGGAUCCGAGGUUGGGAAGAGAUAUUAGCGCUGCUUCAGUUUGGAGAGUAAUCGAAAUGGCAAUGGCUUGUGUGAACCCUUCACCGAGGCAAAGACCGAACAUGGGACAGGUCGUAGCCCAACUCAAGGAGUGUUUAGCCUCCGAACACAACAAUGGUUCUAUCGAUGUGAGUUUGGUUUUGUCAGAUGAGUUCACUCCCAUCGCGAGAUAGUGUUGGAUGUAGAGAGGGUAUAUGUGUAGUCUUAUAUAAUUAUAUUAGGUCAAAUACACUUGUAUAAAUAUGCCAAUGAUGUUUUUUUGGAUAAAAGGCUGUUUUUUAUAUAUUAAAAAAAGUUUACAAGUGGCCA